AUGGAUGUGUGCAUUGAUCAUAUCCUGUUCUUGCAACAGUCCGCCGAAGAACAGUACACUGCCAAGGUGAAGCGCGUGGGCUUCCGCUACAACCAAAACUAUGAUGAAGGUAUGAGUAUGUUGGCAAAACUGGCAACUCAUCACGCAUGCAAUCUGGUUGGAGAUCAGUAUCUUGUUAGCGGCCAAGAGACGUAUGAUACAACGACAGUUGAAAAUACUCCAGCGUUUUUUUACUCUAGCCAGUGCCAAAUCGGGUGGCCAAUAUGCUGUGAAUUUGACUGA